AUGGCUUCCGACGACUCAAGACUCGUGACUGAGAUAUGGGACAACAUCUGUUCCUUCCUCACCUCACCAACCCUCUCCAAUCUCCGUCUCACGUCUCACAGACUCAAUGAGAUUGCACGACCAUGGAAAUACAGAAGCUUACGUCUCGAAGCAUUCGCGCCUUCAUCUGUUGAGCGAUUUAUCCAGAUCGCCAAGACUCCCGAAAUGCGCAGCUUAGUUCGAGAGAUCACUAUUGAUACGCGCAUUGAGUUUGACUUUGAGUACCUCUGCAACGAGUCAUACAUCUUCCCCAUAGCCUUCAUGAACGCACUCCCCCAUCUCCGCUGUUUCACCAACGUUACGGCGCUUCAUAUUCGCUUUGAGGAACACUGCGGCGAAGAUGACCGUUACUAUCAAACUAUUGAAGAAACGUUUGAGUUGCGGUACCGUGUGCUUGAUACUAUUCUUCACUGCGCCGCGGGGCUGUGGACGCUGGAGAAGCAGAUCAAGAUUGACCAGGUAAUGGAGGGAUAUAUUUAUCUCAAUGAUGAUGAGGAUGAGCAGUUUGACUACAGUGAUCAGGAUCUUGAGUUCACUCAUGAUAAGCCGUUUCCGCUCAAGGAGUUGACGAUUACUCAUUUGGCGGAUUACGAUGAUCCUCACCUCGCUGGCUCCGAGGCCUGGAAGACGAUCAUCUCUCUACCAACCCUCGUUGACUUUCGUGUCUUUGUCACAACCGAAGAAUGCGAGGCUUCACCUGAGAGCACGAUCCACUACAUUGAGAAGUACGAUUUCUUCGAUAACCUCCACAACACAUGGCUCUCGCCCAAUAUUACGGAUCACUUGCGCGUACUGUCGCUAUACUUCAAAGAUUACUGGGGCUGGUUCCCCAUCAUGGACUUUCGAAACAUUGGCGAGGACUCACCAUUUCCUCAACUCAAGGUUCUUGCGCUCGGGAACUACGUCUUUACUCAUGAGUGGCAGAUCGAGUGGUUCGCGAAGCUCGGCAAGGAGAACGGCAGUGGGGGUUUGGUUGAACUGUAUCUCGAUGAUUGUCCGAUUCUGUAUCAUGCGCGUCAGCUUCGCAUUGGAAACGAUGGGUACGCUGAUCAUACAGCACAUACAGCACAAGGAGGUACAGGACGAGGAUGGAAUCCUAUCAAACGCGACUUUCCCAUCCGAUGGAACAAUAUCCUCUCCCAUUGGAAGGAUUCGAUGAAAGGGCUAAAGACACUCAGAGUUGGUCAUGGCUGCUGGUGGGAUUGUCCCAAGGAUACUCGCCAGGCGAUUCUUCAAGACCCCGACUACAAGGACAUCGACUUGCAAGCUAUGGAUCAUCGCCUCACGCGAAACCAGCACCGGGACUUUGCCUGUCCUGGCCCAACGGAGGAGGAAUACUGGGACAGGGAGAAUACCUGCGUGUCUGAGAAGCAUAGAUACGGGACGGGAAUCGAUAAUCAGAGAACGAGUCGGAUGCAGUACAUUGAGUAUAAUUGUGGUCUGGGGCCUUCGCCGUGGCUGGAGAAGAAUUCGCGGUACGAUUGUGAUGAGGAGGGGUUUGCACCGGAGAAAGGGACGUUGGAGAAGGAUAAUGCUGCGUGGGAUAUGAUUAUGGCUGCUAUUCGAGCGAGACGUCAGGGUCUUAGUAUUUGA